AUGGUCUCAGACCUAUUGACACGAGAAACAAGAGAGUGGAAUACCGACCUUGUGGAGAAGCUCAUGCCUGAACUAAAGGAGCACGUACUGAAGCUGCGACCUAGUGUCCUUGGUAAGCAUGAUGCAUACAUCUGGUCCCUGCAACAAUCAGGAUCUUACAGUGUUAAGUCGGGUUACUACUCCACCUUCCUAUCACCCAAUCAAUCGACUGAAAGGACUCGGGGAGAUAAUAAUGAAGGCAAAUGGAAAAAACGGAGAAAUUUGCGUAAAAGAGGGAUGCUCCAAAACAUCACCUGUAACCAUUGUGGGGAACCAGAGAGUGUGGAUCACAUCCUCUUUCACUGCCAAUACGCAAACGAGGUCUGGAGGUAUGGACCGUGGAAUCAAUCCAUCGAUACAACUGAUGCUACAACGUUCUUCGAAAAGCUUGAGAGAUCUUGGAACCUAACUCCCCUCCCACCUUAUGGAUUCACGGGCAAUGCUUUGCCGUGGAUAUGCUGGGCAAUCUGGACCUCCAGGAACCAACGGAUCUUCGAAAAUAGAUCCCAAUCGCCAGAAGAAACAGCUCUAAAAACGAUCCAGGCUCUAAAAGCGAUCCAGGCCCUCAAGGAAUGGGAGAUUGCGCAACCCCCGAGCCUGAAAAUCCCCAAAUCAUUGACUACUGGCCAGCAACACGAUCCGAUGGUCCUUGAUCCCUCUGAAAUCUUCUGUAACACUGACGCGUCCUGGAGUCACACCUCUAAAGAAGUAGGACUAGCUUGGAUCUUCACAAAUGGAUCAGCAACAGAGAUAUUUCGCGGGUCGAUCAAGCAAAGCGUAGUCUCAUCGCCAUGCAUGGGCGAAGCUCUGGCGAUCAGAGAGGCCUUACUCCAAGCAGCCACCAAUCACUACUCCAUUAUCUGUAUUCGAACAGACUCUCAAGUGCUUGCACAAGCUAUCACCUCUCGACGGAAGACGACGGAACUCUACGGGAUUCUAUCAGAUAUCGACGAGCUCGCUUUCUCCUCUUCCUCCCCCUUUAUCAAUUGUCGUUUUACUUAUUUUUCUAGGGCCAAUAACGGGCCGGCUGAUGGUCUUGCCAAGGCCUGUCUGGUAGCAUAG